UGCGUAAAGGAUCCAGACUGCUUUUGACUUAAUCUCACGGUUCUUAAUUAGAAGACCCGACCGACUUAUCGUUGAUAACGUUUUAAUCGACUAAAUGCAGCGAUGACGCGAGAAGAAGAUCUCAUUCGGAUUGCAAAAAAACUUGACAAGAUGGUGUCUGGAAAUAACACGGAGGGUGCCAUGGACCUGCUGAAGGAACUGAAAAGUUUCAAUUUGACUCUCAAACUUCUCCAGGAAACACGAAUUGGCAUGUCUGUGAACGGUAUCAGGAAGCACUCCACGGACGAGGAAGUUAUAGCCUUGGCAAAGCUCCUCAUUAAAGACUGGAAAAGACUUCUGGACUCUGAGAAACCAGCUGAUAUGAAAAACGGUUUGGACUCCAGCAAAACAGCCGUGUCUCCAAGCAGCUCCCCCUCUGAGACACAGAGCAGUCACAAAAGGCUUGAUGUCAAACCCAAACACGACUCAGAUCCUGACAAGAAACACCCCGACAAAAACGGAAAAGAAAAACAUAAUGCCGAACACAAAAAGAGACAUGCAGAUGACCCCAGUGAUGAAAAGAACCUGGAGGAGCCCCAAAAGGAGGAAUAUCACCAAAAAAUCAGAAAAGAGAAGCAUUUAGAGGAACCCAAAAAACAAGGAUAUGCAGAGGAUACUCUUCCUGUUAUGGAUAACAAAAAACAGAAGCACAUGCAAGACCUGCAGAGUGAGAGACACAAGCCGGAACAAAAGCAGGAAAGGUCAUUAGGAGAACCAAAGAAGAGACGCAUGGAAGCAGUCAAAAAGAAAAAACACCCUGAAGAGCCAAAGAGGCACAGCUACACAGACGACAUUAGAAAGGACAAACUCAGAGAAGAAAACCGACAUGAGAGGCCGAUACACUCACCCCAAUGGGAGAGACUGCCGAGUGAGCCCCAGAGAGAGAACCCCGCUGUUCACAAACCAAUAUUUGAAAGUAUGCUCUCGUGGCAUUUGUUCAGGAAGGACAGUAAAGACUCUUCAUCCCGACAUCCUGGUCCUCAUGCUCCUCAACCCACCUCUCAGCCGGCUAAGCGACCUUCGCUGGAAGUAAAGAAAGAGAGGAAAGUUCCACCGGACCCAAAUGCUCCAAUUGCUCCUCUUCCUCUUCACCUUCAUCCUCCUCCACCCAGAAAAGAGCCUCCUGACCCCAACGCUCCUCUUCCACCACUUGCUCUUCACCUUCACCCCCCACCACCUCCCCUGAAGCGUCCCUCACUGGACGGGAAAAAGGAGAGCAGGAAGGAGUUGUCAGACUCUAAACCUCCUCCACAGAAGAAGACGUCAGAUCCCGUGAAGAGAGACAGGAAAGACUCAUCGGAUAGCAAAGGGCCUAAAAGACACUCGGAUGAAGCCAAGAGAGAAAGGAAAGAUUCAUCUGACGCUAAACCGCCACUUCUCAAAAAGCCCAGUUUGGAUGUCAAAAAAGAGAAACACAGGAAGGACUCCUGCGACUCCAAGCCUGGCCAGACUGUGAAACGUCAACUGUCUGACACCAAACCUGACAGACGCGAAUCCAUUGAUUUAAAGAAAAGCAGCUCACCACCAGCAAAGAAGCUAACAGCUGAAAGACGAGAGUCUCACGGCUUGAAGACUUCUCUGCCUGGACCUCCACAGAGGAAGCCCUCUGCUGACAGCAUUGAAAGGAAGAGCAAAAUCGAUACCCCUAAAAGUCCCACCACCCCGACCAGCCCGAUGUCACCCAGCUUCAGUUCUGCGGGGGGUCCACUGCCUCCUCACAUCUCUACCGGAGACUCCGUCAGAGACAAGUGCAUUGACCUGUUGGCAGCUGCCCUGCGCACAGACAACGACUACAAGGAUUUUGGAACAAACUGUGACAGCAUGGCUGCAGAGAUUGAAGAUCAUAUCUACCAGGAGACAAAGGCCACAGAUAUGAAAUAUAAAAACAGAGUACGCAGCCGCAUCAGCAACCUGAAGGACCCGAAGAACCCUGGGCUUCGCAGAAACGUCCUUGCUGGAAGCAUUGACCUGAGCCGCAUCGCCAGCAUGUCUUCUGAGGAGAUGGCCAGCGAUGAGCUGAAACAGCUGAGGAACGUUCUCACCCAGGAGGCCAUAAGGGAGCACCAAAUGGCCAAAACUGGUGGCACCACCACCGACCUGCUGCAGUGCGGCAAAUGCAGGAAGAAGAACUGCACUUACAACCAGGUGCAGACACGCAGUGCUGAUGAGCCAAUGACCACAUUUGUUCUGUGCAAUGAGUGUGGUAACCGCUGGAAGUUCUGCUGAUGCCUUCAUGAUGAAACCACAUUUUUUCAGAGCAUUUCGAACUGCAUUAUUUUCUAUAAUGGGAGGGGAGGGAGUUUAUAAAUUAUUGCGGCCUGUGAUUUUAACAGAUAAUGGUGUUUUAAUAGUUUUUACUUGAGUUACUACUAAUAGCCCGGAUUUACUUUAUAUGGAAUUGAAGACUGAGCAUGAACAUCAGUUUGAUGACUGUUAACAAUGAUGAUUAUGGUGCUGUCAUGAUUGAAAAAAAUAUCCAGUUAAUAUGCUACAUCAUAUUGCAGCUGUGUAAAUGCAUAAAU